AAUCUUUUCCUUUUUUAUAUAAUAUAUUUUUGGUUUCUCUUUCUUAGAAAAAGGGUUGUAUGUUACUUGGCACUGUGAACUCCGUGAGGUGUCUUUUUUUUUGUUUUUCAUUCAAUUUCAUAUUUUUCAUUUCUUUUUUUUGUGUGUUCAUCAAACUUAUGGUAGCAAAAAGAACAGUUCUUUUUUAACAUGGGAAAAUCAUAAACUUUGUAAAGUUGAGAGCUUUAAACAAAAAAAAAGAUUGCUUUGCUUCUUUUUUUACCAAACCCCAAUCUGGGUUUUCUCAGAAAACAACUAAUCUUUGCUUGUUUUGUACUGUUUGUGUGUAUGGGGGAUUGGUAGGGGAGGGGGGUAUUUGUUAAUAUUUCUUCCCUUUUCUCUUGCUUCAAGUAACCUGUAUAUUUCUUUAAAAUAAUACAGUUUCAUUUUCUUUAUUACUUUCUUUGGUUUUUUUUUAUUUUUCUUCUUCUUCUUCUUCUUCUUCUUCUUCAUUAUUGAGUGAGCUCGAUUUAGAGAAUUUGUGAGAUUUGGUGCUUUAUGGGAUGGGGAUGUUGAUGCCACUGAUUCUUCACCUUGCCAAACUCUGUAUCAUUGGCUUUGCUUUGCUUGUUCAAGGAUAUUUAGGGCACAAUGCAUCCCCCUCUCCGGCAGAGUUUUCGAGUUUUCCGCCCAUAGAAAGAAUCCAUGGUGAACAAAGAAGUUUUACACCGAGCACGCCGCCUCAGCCGAAUGAGCGGGAUUUACUUUCACCUCCUGCAUUACCGCCACUUUUGUCUGCCCCGGUGCCUGAAAUGACUGAAGGGCAUGCACGUUCCCUGCCGCCAACGCCACAUAAUACCGCUCCACCACCAUUCACUAUUGAAGAACGUGUACCAUCCUUGGCACCGAGUACACCACCUGUAUUGCCUCUAUCUUCUCCACCUCAGCCUGUUCAAGUACACGCACCAUCAAAGUCACCAAUUGCUCCUCAGGGAAAGGAACCGGUUAGUAAGUCUCUCGACUUGGUGCCAGAUGCUCCAGCUCCUGUUGCUUUUCCGACCUUGCCUCGAAUUUCACCAAAUAUUGACCCAUUUCCAUCAAUAACUCCGUCACAGAAUUCUCCCAAAAAUCCACCAGUCCAUCAAAUUCCAUCAGGACCUCCGUCACAUAGUUCUCCUGAAAAUUCACCAUUCGUCCAUCAAACUCCAAUUGCACCGCAGUUCAGGAAUAGUCCACAAAAUUCCCCAUCCAUUAACUCGAGUAGUUCAAGUGCUUUCCCCCCAACCGACAACCAAAGAAAUUCAUCUAACAAUAAGCGUCCCGUUUUGGAGCCAAGUGCUCCAGCUCCAGUUGCACCAGGAUUGAGGGAUUCACCACAAAGUUCCGCACCAGUGCACUCCAGUAUGCCACGUGCUUUGGCCCCAACCCCGAGUGCUAAUCAAGAAAAUUCAUCAAAUAGCAAGGCACCUGUUAAGGAGCCAAUUGCCCCAGCUCCGGUUACAACACCUUGGAGAAAUUCACCACUAAAUCAAACACCAAUUCACUCCCAAGGGCCAACCUCUUUACCACCUCGUGCUCCAGUUCUAGUGCCCCCCACUCCUGUAUCGGUUGCAUCUCCACCAAGGAAAGUAGAAAUGACACCACCACCUGUCCGCUCAAUCGUGCCACCGUCUAUUUCACCAAUUUCAGUUGUAUCGCCUCCUGGAGAAUCACCUCAUAGUUCACCAACUGUCGACCGAAAUGUAACGGGAAACCCAUCUCCAUUACCAGAUCCUAAUAGUUCUCCUGUUUCAAAUCCACCCUCAAGCAAUGAUGGAACACCCGUUAAGUCACCUACAAACGAGACACACAAGUCAGCGCCGCGUGUGAACCAUGCCCCAAAAAAUGGUUCUGAUGAUACUUUUGCAGGUUCUUCCCCAGCCGUAUCUCCUCCUGAACCGACAGCUAAGAGGCUGCCUAGUAAUUCUCUUGUCCCAUCCCUUGCUCCUGCGAAUGAAGCACAUAACUCUCCAGCAUUGUCACCUUCGACCUCGUUUCAUGAACAUCAACAUAAAAGAAAUGAAAGAACCGGUCCUGCUCCAGCAUCAUCAGACCCGAUUUCACCUCCUUUGAAACAACAAGGUCCUGUCAUCUCUCCAGCAUUUCAUCCCAGAAGAAAACAAAGACACUAUGCUCCUCCACCAUUUCAUUCUGCUCCCCCAUCCCUAUCCUCAGUUCCUUCGCCAGUAACCGCUGUCUCUCCAGUUCCUUCACCAUCUCCAGUCACAGCAUCUAGGCAGACCAAAAUGCCACAUAUUUCCCCAAAAGUUUCUCCGUCUGUCUCUCCAUCGAGGAGUCCCAAAGUGGCACCACCACCAGCACGAGUUAUGUCAUUUCCACCUCCGCCUCCUAAUCAAGAUUGUUCGACAACUAUUUGCACGGAUCCUUAUACGAAUACACCUCCUGGAUCACCGUGUGGCUGUGUCUUGCCAAUGCAAGUUGGUUUACGCCUAAGUGUUGCGUUAUAUACUUUCUUCCCUUUGGUUUCCGAGUUAGCCGAAGAAAUUGCCGUUGGUGUUUUUAUGAAACAAAGUCAAGUUCGCAUCAUGGGUGCUACUGCUGCUAGUGAGCAACCGGAGAAGACGAUUGUCCUUGUUGACUUGGUACCACUUGGUGAAAAAUUUGAUAACACGACAGCCUUUUUAACUUAUCAGAGAUUCUGGCAUAAACAAGUUGCUAUAAAAGCUUCAUUAUUUGGGGAUUAUGAAGUAUUAUAUGUGCGCUAUCUUGGUUUGCCUCCUUCUCCGCCUUUGCCACCUGAUGCCGGUAUAAUUGAUGGCGAACCAUAUUCGGGUAACAACAAUAAUGCAAGGGCUAUAAAGCCCCUUGGUGUCGACGUGCAUGGGAAACGGCGUAAGCAUGCACUUAGUGGGGGUGUGAUUGCAAUAAUCGUUAUGUCUGUUUUAGUGGUUGUGGUGUUAUGUUCUGCCGUUGCAUGGGUUUUGCUUUUCAAACAUGGGGAUCAAGCUAGUCAACGAGGAACAAGUCCACAGCAUCCGCAAACAUCUCAUGCCAAACCAUCAGGUUCUGCCGGGUCAAUGGUUGGAAGUGGUCUAAGUUCCAUAUCGCUUUCAUUUGGCUCGAGCAUUGCAGCCUAUACAGGAUCUGCUAAGACCUUAACUGCAAGUGAAAUAGAAAGAGCCACAGGCAAUUUUGAUGAUUCAAGAAUACUCGGGGAAGGUGGGUUUGGUCGUGUUUACCGCGGUGUUCUUGAAGAUGGAACUAACGUGGCAGUCAAGGUUCUGAAGAGAGAUGAUCAACAAGGCGGCAGGGAAUUCUUGGCUGAGGUCGAGAUGCUUAGUCGUCUUCACCACAGGAAUUUGGUGAAGUUGAUUGGAAUAUGCACAGAGGAGCGCAGCCGUUGCUUGGUUUAUGAACUCAUUCCAAAUGGCAGUGUUGAAUCGCACUUGCAUGGAGUUGACAAGGAAUCUGCACCCCUUGACUGGGAUGCCCGGAUCAAGAUAGCCCUUGGUGCUGCUCGUGGACUAGCUUAUCUCCAUGAAGAUUCAAGCCCACGUGUCAUACAUCGGGAUUUUAAGUCGAGCAACAUUUUGUUGGAGCAUGAUUUCACGCCAAAAGUGUCCGACUUUGGUUUGGCUCGAACUGCUAUGGAUGAGGAAGGCAGGCAUAUAUCGACCCGUGUCAUGGGAACUUUUGGAUAUGUGGCUCCUGAGUAUGCAAUGACUGGCCAUCUUCUUGUGAAAAGUGAUGUUUACAGCUAUGGUGUUGUCCUUCUCGAGCUUCUAACGGGGCGAAAGCCAGUAGAUAUGACACAGCCACCUGGUCAGGAGAAUCUAGUUGCAUGGGCACGUCCUCUUCUAGCAAGCAAAGAAGGAUUAGAAACAAUUAUAGACCCGUCUCUAGGUUCCGAUGUAUCUUUCGAGAGUGUGGCCAAGGUAGCAGCAAUUGCUUCCAUGUGUGUUCAACCGGAGGUAUCACACCGACCUUUCAUGGGUGAGGUCGUACAGGCUUUAAAACUAGUAUGUAAUGAAUGUGAUGAAGCAAAAGUAGGCUCGAGAGGUACUAGUCAAGACGAUAUCUCCAUCGAUAUGGAUGGUAAGGUUGGUACUGGCUCGGAACAGUUAAGCGAUCCCUUGCAAAGCCAUUAUUCUAUUCCCAACUAUGUCUCGGGUCUUGAUACCGAGAGAGGACUAUCAGUGUCUGAUUUGUUUAGUUCAUCAGCAAGAUUCCGGAGGGAAUCAUCUGAGUCGUUUAGGAGACACUGUACUUCGGGUCCAUUGAGAACGGGGAGAGGCAAUCAUUUCUGGCAUAAAAUGCAACAAUUAUCUCGGGGCAGCAUCAGUGAACAUAGUGCUAUGAUCAAGUUCUGGUCAGGUUCACAUUAAAACCAAUGUCACUUGCCCUUUGAGUUUUGAAUGUCAAAUGACAAACCGACGGCACCUGCUCCGCAUGCCUGGUGAAAAAUGUUGUGCUGGUUUCGGAACUGGGAAUUUAACAUGGGAAACUCUUGUGCUGCAAGAUUCUUAACCCGAAACCCUGAGUGGCUUCUGUUACGCAGCUGAUGAUGAAGGGUAUAGAGCCGAAGUAUUCUUUUAUUUUUCGUGUUUUUUUCUGGUAGGGGAAGAGUUUCAUAUGAUCAUCCUCACACUCCAAAUUUGUACAGUUGGGGUUUGUGUUUUUCACAAUAAGGAAAUUAAUUCCCCAUUUUGAGGCUCAGAAUCUUUCUGAAUUCAUCAUUCUUUUAUAUAUAUAUUCUCAAUACACCGUUUUUGUU